UACGUACAUUUCACAAUAAGAAAAAACUACAAGUCGCAUACUCUGAGAAAAACAAUAGCGACAAUUGGCGCGCCUCAUCCAAACAUGAAAUAAACGAUCUCUCUCAGAUUCCUAGUCAAAUCCCACCACACCUUCCAUUUCUUCUCAACCUAACACUCUCUCUCUUCUUCUUCUUCUUCUUCUUCUUCAUUCUUCAACCUCAAGCAAAAUCCAAACCCUAAUUUCCACAUCCAUGGAGGUCAGUCCUCUCCACCACAGCUGCUGCACCUGGCUCCCGAUUCGCUCCCGCUUCGCUUCGAUUUCGCCGCGGAUGAUUCCUAGGGUUUCGUCCGGAUCCACUCGCCGGAGAAAUGUGUGCUUGGCGUCGUUCAGCUCCGAGACCUUGAUCGGGUCGCGUAAGGAGGACGGGAAGCGUCGCAAGGCCGUGAACGAGAGAGACGAGGCGGAGGACUUGAAAGAGUGGAUGCACAAGAACGGGCUGCCGCCGUGUAAGGUUGUGCUCAAGGAACGACCGUCGUAUGAUGAGAGGCACAGCGCGAUUCAUUACGUUGCUGCCAGUGAAGAUCUCGAGGUCGGUGAUGUUGCGUUUUCGGUGCCGAAUUCGCUUGUUGUGACACUGAAGAGAGUGUUGGGGAACGAAACUAUUGCGGAAUUGUUAACUACGAACAAGUUAUCCGAAUUGGCAUGCUUGGCACUCUAUUUGAUGUAUGAGAAGAAACAAGGGAAGAAGUCAUUUUGGUAUCCAUACAUAAGAGAACUUGAUCGUCAGGCAGGAAGAGGCCAGUUAGCGGUGGAGUCUCCCCUUUUAUGGUCGGAAUCUGAACUGGCUUAUCUUACCGGAAGCCGCACAAAGGCUGAAGUUCAUGAAAGGGCUGAAGGAAUUAAAAGGGAAUAUAAUGAGCUUGACACUGUCUGGUUUAUGGCUGGGUCCCUAUUUCAGCAAUACCCAUACGAUAUUCCUACUGAAGCCUUCCCAUUUGAGAUAUUCAAACAAGCUUUUGUUGCAGUUCAGUCUUGUGUAGUGCAUCUGCAGAAAGUUAGCUUGGCUCAGAGGUUUGCUUUGGUACCUCUUGGACCCCCAUUGUUAGCUUAUGGAAGCAAAUGCAAGGCAAUGUUGACAGCUACUGAUGAUGCUGUUCAACUAGUGGUUGAUCGGCCAUAUAAGGCGGGGGAAUCUAUUGCUGUUUGGUGUGGACCACAGCCUAAUUCAAAAUUGCUUAUAAACUAUGGGUUUGUUGACGAAGAUAAUCCUUAUGACCGUUUGAUGGUUGAGGCAGCUUUGAAUACUGAGGAUCCACAAUAUCAAGAUAAACGAAUGGUUGCUCAGAGAAAUGGAAAGUUAUCAGUACAAGCUUUUCAGGUAUAUGUCGGGAAGGAAAAGGAAACUGUCUCAGAUAUGCUUCCUUAUCUGCGACUAGGCUAUGUGUCAGAUCCUUCAGAGAUGCAGUCUGUUAUCUCUUCUCAAGGUCCAAUUUGUCCAGUUAGUCCCUGCAUGGAAAGUGCUGUGUUGGACCAACUUGCUCAAUAUUUUAGAACUCGGCUGGCCAGCUAUCCAACUACUUUGAGUGAAGAUGAGUCUUUGUUGGCAGAUCCUAAUUUGAAUCCAAAGAAGCGAGUUGCUACACAGCUUGUUAGGUCAGAAAAGAAAAUACUACAUGCAUGCCUGCAAGUGACUCUGGAUUUUAUAAAUCAGUUACCCGAUCUCAGUGUAACUCCAUGCCCAGCCCCUUACGCCCCUUCAUUGAGAUGAAAGGUAGAUCUAAGAACUGGAAAAUGCAUAGGCAGUUGAGGUCCUUGAGGAUUACCGAAAGACGUGUCACUGGCUCUAGUUGCAUCAGAGAGUACAAUGUGCAUAACCUAUGAGUCCCUUUCUACUGGUUUAUCAGCAUAUCUUUUUCUCCCUUUCUGCUGGUGUGGCUCUGUUUCAUGGGGUGCCUUUCGUAGUUAUGUGUUUGUAAAGUUUAAAAGAGAAUAGGGACGAUCAAUAUGAAGAAUUUUGAUAGAUGAUGGAAUCUUGGUCUUUGUAAAUGAAAAUUAGAAUGGCCAUUCUAGGUGCUAGAUCCAAUUAUUUACUGGCAGUGCUCUACUUGAAACCUUUUCAUUGAUUUAAACUUUUAGGUUAGGAGUCUAGGGGUUUUGGUAAAAUUCUUCAUUUUAAUGACAUAAACCGUGAUUCCUAAAUGGUAAAGACACUGAGGAACACAAGGUUAUGUUUUAUUUAUUGUCUUGUAUCAUGUAACUCGUCUCCUGUUAUUAAAAGUUGAAUCUUUGGCAAAA